AUGAUUUGUUUUAUUUGCAAACAAGAUAUUUCAAUUUUUUCAGCACUGAUAGUUCAUUUAAAAAUAAUUCAUUUGUUAAAGUCUUCGAGUACAUAUGAAUGCAUAGAAAACCAAUGCACUCAAAUAUUUCCCAAUUUAAAUAGUUAUAAAAGACACGUUACAAUAAAGCACUUAAAAAAUACUUUUAGUUUACCUACAUCAACACUUAAUAAUUCUUAUACUAUUUGCGAUAAUAUUAACAAUGUUAAUAACACUAUAGUUAAAACCCCGGAGCCUUUGGAUACUGCCUAUAGCCAUGAUAUAACCAAAACCAACUAUAAUCAACAACCCCCUCCAGAAAGUCAUAAUUCCUUUGACUUAAGUAGUAUCAUUAACUCAUUUCAUAUUUCUGCAGUUACAUUUACUUUAUCAUUACUUAAUAAAAAUAACUUCAGUAGAAAAGAUGUUUUUGAUAUCCAACAAAAAAUGAAAAUAAGUUUAUUGGAACCAAUUGUGAGUUUACUUACUAGUUUUACCAAAGAAACAAUUAAAGAACCAAUUUUAUUAGCAACUUUUCAAACAAUUACAUCAGCAAUUUCUGAUACAUUUAAUUUUUGUAAUACCGAAUAUUCUUUAAACAGUUGGUUAGUUGAAAAUCACUUAUUUGAAAACAUUCAACAAUUUACUGUUAAUGAAGAGAUUGACUUAGUAUCUAACUCAGGUAAAACUAUGUAUAAUAACCAAAUUACUAAGGGUGUAUUAUUGCCAAUAAAUUUUCAGUUUAAAAAAUUCUUUGAACAUGAUAAAAACUUAGAUAAAACUUUAACAAUCUAUGAACAAUUGACAAAGAACACAAAUAAUGAAACAGAAAUAAAACAUUUUGUACAAGGAAAAUUGUGGCAAGAAAAAACUUUACCCUACCGGGGUAAAAUUACAAUCCCCUAUUUUAUGUACAUAGAUGACUUCGAAAUCAAUAACCCGUUAGGGUCGCAUGCUUCGGUUCAUUCUAUUUCAGCUAUAUACUAUAGUUUUCCCUUAUCUGACCAAUCAAAAUUAAUAAACAUUCAUUUAGCUGCUUUAAUUAAAGCUGCUGACGUUAAAGAUUUUGGAAAUGAUUUAUGUUUUAAUAAAUUGAUACAUAUAUUAAAUGAUAUUGAAGUAAAUGGUAUCAACAUAACAACUUCAAAUGGUGUCAAAAAAGUUCAUUUUAUUUUAGGGCUGUUUAUUGGUGACAAUUUAGGAAUAAACGCUAUCAGUGAAUUUAGCAGAUCAUUUUCUUCCAAUUUCUUUUGUAGGUUUUGUAAAGCUCAUAAAACUGUAACGCAUAAACUAUGCAAAGAAAAUAAUUCACUACUUCGUAAUUUAGUCAACUAUGCUGAAGAUGUUGCAAUUAAUGAUUUAAAGUUAACUGGGAUUUCUAAAGAAUCAAUUUUAAAUAAAAUUGUUUCUUUUCAUGUUACAACUAACUAUAGUGUUGACAUGAUGCAUGAUAUAUUCGAAGGCAUUUGUCAUUACAACAUGUGUCAUAUAAUCAACUACUAUACUAAUGUAGUAAAAAUUUUCUCACUUGAUUUACUAAACUAUAGAAAACAGAAUUUCAAUUAUGGUGCAAUUGAAAUAGGAAAUAUCUCACCUAUUAUUAAAUCAACUCAUUUAAACAAUUUUCACUUAAAAAUGUCAGCACGCGAAAUGAUGACUUUCGUUUAUUAUUUUCCGUUAAUGGUAGGAGACUUAGUUCCUGAAGAUGACAAUGUUUGGUUAUUUUUCUUAAAUUUUUUAGAAAUUAUUCAAAAUUUACUAUCAAGUCAAAUGUCUGAUGGCUCUAUUUUCCACCUUCAACAAAUGAUAGAAAAACAUAAUUCAGAAUAUGUCUUAUUAUUCAAUGAUAAUUUAAAACCUAAAUUUCAUUUAUUGAUACAUUAUCCAACAGUUAUAAAGUAUUCUGGGCCUCCAAAACAUUUUUGGUGUUUCAGAUAUGAAGCUAAGCAUAAAGAAAUGAAAUCAUAUGCCCAUGCAAUAACAUCCCGUAAAAAUAUAACUUUAUCGUUGGCUAAAAAAUUUCAAUAUAAAUUUUCAUACAGCAUUCUACAAUCCUCAUUUAACACUGAAAUAAUUACAAACAAAAUACAUGUUAACUCUAGUAAAUAUACUCAACUUAUUUUAAGAAAUUUAAAUUUAACUAGUGACCAGUUUAUGUGUUAUUCACAAAUGGAAUUUAAGGGUACAACAUAUAAAGUAGGAUACUUUUUAACAAAUUUUAUUGAUGAAUUGUGUCUUUAUGAAAUUUUAGAAAUAUUAGUAAUAAAAAAAAACUAUAAAGUUAAUUUUAUUGUUCAACAAAUUGAAAUAGAUUUAUAUAACUCUCAUUUAAAAUCAUACCAGAUAAAUAAAACCAAAAAUAUUAUUUUAAAAAAAAUAUUAAGUCCUGGGGAAUGUAGUGGACCACCAGUAAAUUUACAUGAACUCCCCAACGGCAACAUAAUGUUAAGAUUAAAGGAAUAUUAUUCAGAUUGA